AUGGGAUCAUCCGUAGCAUCCAACGAAAUCCCAGCCCUGCAGAAAGUCUUCCACGUCCCCAAUGGAUCACAGACUAUACUCCCGGCCACGAUGUAUCUAAUCGGCUUCGUGCUGGGCCCGCUCGUCUUCGCGCCCCUGAGCGAGCAGUACGGCCGCCGGCCCGUCCUCGUGUGGACCCUCUGCUUGUACAUCAUCUUCACCAUGGCCUGCGCCCUGGCCCCGAACUGGGCUGCCCUCCUCGUCUUCAGGGUUCUGUCUGGCAUAUUUGCCUCACCCCCCAUGAGCGUGACAGGCGGUUCCAUUGCGGAUGUGGACGAGGACAAGGUGGCGAGAGGCAGGGCCAAUGUGAUCUGGUCGACAGCCACGCUUGUUGGUCCCCUGGCAGGCCCUGUCAUUUCUGGCUACACAUACCAAUAUUCGUGGACGUGGGGCUUCUGGGCUGCCAUGAUGCUGUCGGGCAUUUGUCUCGUUGCUGUCCUUUUGCAGCCGGAAACGCUGGCCACCAAGAUCUUGAGAGACAGGGCGGCCAAGCUGAACAAGGAGAAGGGCAGUGAUAGAUAUAUAGCUCCUGCAGACCAAGAAAGGCUGAGUCUGCUCGUUACUUUGAAAAUCACAACCACGAGACCAAUUCAUCUCAUGUUCACCGAGAUGCUUGUUUCCUUGACCUGCCUUUACAUGGCCUUCGUGUACUCUGUAUUUUAUAUGCUGCUCGAGAUCUUCCCAGACAUCUUUGAGGGCAUCUACGGCUUCACGGCAGGCGAGUCUGGUCUCGCAUUCGUCAUCAUGUUUGCAGGCUCGGUCGUCACUGUGGCAGUCUCACUGCUGUACGAUCGAUAUGCACAGGGGAUAGUUCGGAAACACCCACACAAGCAGGCCGAGUAUUUGCGGCUGCCCAUUGCAUGCAUUGGUGGCCCGCUCUUUGUGGUUGCCCUCCUGUGGCUAGGCUGGACAUCGAAACCGUCCAUCCCCUGGAUUGUUCCUUUGCUCUCCAUGGUCCCAUAUGGUGUUGCGUACCAGAUGAUUUUCAUGGCGAUGAUCAAUUACAUCUCAGAUGCAUAUGGGAUCUUUGCCUCGUCCGCGCUGGCAGCCUGUGCCGCUGCCCGAAGUGUUGCAGGCGCUGUGAUCCCCUUGGCAGUGGACAGUAUGGUUGAUGGUUUAGGCAUUGCCUGGUCGUGCUCCUUGCUGGCCUUUAUCAGCUGUGGGCUCAGUCUUGUGCCAUUUGGCUUCAUCAUCUGGGGAGAGAAGAUCAGGGCUCGUAGCAACUUCAGCAAGAAGCUGCAGGAAACUUCUCAUCCGGAAUUAGAGUUGACGAGAAGUCUGUCACUUGUCUAA